AUGAAAAUCUUAUUACUCUCUGUGACAUUAUCAGUGGUCGUGUUGGAAGGUGAGAAAAUAACUCGCGAAAAUAUGCCUGCGGCAAAAUAUUAUGAUGGAAAGAAAUUCGUUAUACCAAUUGCACAUAAAACGAUGGAAGAUAUUCGCGAUCGAUGGUUGCAGCAAGCAAUGAGUGGAUUAAUAACUGGAGUUUCGCUAAAAAACAGUGUAAAUCUCAGUGUAAAAAACAAAAUUUGGCUUAAAAUUUGUAUAAAAAGAUCGAAAAAUGUUAACGAACAAGCACGUUGUGUGAUCGAAGCACUUGGGCCUCGGAAAUUCUAUAAAAUGGACCUUCCGAGAAUUGUACAAAUCUGGUCGUUACCUCUGCGAAAUUUUAACGAUCAUCGCAAUCAACCAAACGAAGAUGAAUGGAUUGGCGGUUUUUUUAUGUUUCAAGCAAGGCGUUUCGAAAAUAGAGAAUCCGAUAUCACUUCACAAAAUAAUUAUAAAUUGUUGACAGAGAAUGCGAACCGUUCACCAUUUGGAUUUAUUGCUGAAUUUCUGAAGAAAAAUAUACAAUACAUAAAGGAAAAAACUGAUUCGAAACCUUGGUUUAUUGUGUUAGCUAGAUUUGAACAGUUGGAAGCGGAAUUGAAAAUGCACGACGAAUUGAAAAGAACCUUGAUGGGAGAAUUGAAGCUGUUCUCUGAAGGUCGAAUUAAGGAGCUGCUGUUGGAAUUGAAUAAUCCAGAUGUAUUUGUUUAUUUUUAUUGA